AAGGCUAUGGGUGAAUGAGCUGCAGACUUACGAAGCCUUUAAGACGUCUGAUCAGUGUUGUAGUAGCGCAGUCUCUUCCAGAAUAUUCUCUCUCAACCAAACAGUGUUACAUGACCACAAUACAAGGACACUUUACCUUUAUCAACAGUCGUUAGCAUUGCUCAGUUCAGCUUUGACACAUUUACUCUCUGAAAACAUUCAAGGCUCUCUGCUGGCACAGUCUUGCAUCAACUGCAGUCUUGGCCUCGACUGAGACUCUGAAAAGGACAGUCAGGAAGGGGAAUUCAUAGCAUUUGUUUCCUGAAGCAGGCUUCAUUCCUGUCCUCACGCUGGGGAAGGCAAAACGGACGCGUCUCAGUCCCUCCUGCCCUUUACAUUCUCUAACCUCUCAAGUCCUGCGGAGGAUCCGUCUACAGGCAUCAAUUAUGCAUCUGAAAACCAUGAAGUGCAAUCCUUUCUGCCUUAUCGCUUCCUUAGAGGAUCCAGAUAUGUUUAACAGUCCUGUGGAGAGGACCAGUUUCGAGGAGCUGUUCCAUGCAUUUGACAGCAACAUCACCUUCCAGUAUUUUAAGAGUUUCCGUCGGGCAAGGAUUAAUUUUACCGAUGCUAUGGCAGCUACGGAGGCAAGAGCAAAACUGCACAAAAGUGACUUUAAUGGCAGGGAGGUUCGACUCUAUUUUGCCCAGUCCGUGCACAUUGGCAGUCCACGCCUUGAACCUCCUAAACCAGAUAAGCAGUUCCUCCUCUCCCCUCCUCCAUCACCUCCUGUAGGUUGGGAGCAGUCCAAGGACGCCACACCUGUACUUAACUAUGACCUUCUGUGUGCCAUCGCCAAACUUGGGCCAGGUGAAAAGUAUGAACUCCAACCAGGUACCCCCACCACUCCCAGUGUGGUGGUUCACGUUUGUGGGAGUGACCAAGACAGCUCAGGAAAUGAGGAGGAUAUGGAGGGUGGCCAGCAUCCCCGUCCGAAAAUCAUCCAGACCCGUCGACCAGAAUACACUUCCUCAGUCAUGCAUUGAGCCUUUGGAACCACUCGUUGUGCCAUAAUCUUUAGUAUCACAGGGCCCUAUGGAGGAUCUGCCAUGGCAUGCUGUUGGUCCUCCAAACCACUAGAGGAUGCCUUAAGACAGAACCUAGCCCUGUGGAGAGAGACAUAAUGUCCACCACCCCACGGGGCAAAGGGUUUCAUUGCAUGUGUUCGCUGGUAGAGUGACUCAUUUAUCUGCAGUAAAAUGUCUGAGGGUUUUCAAGAGUGCUUUCAUUGGUAACUGUGGCCAAGGGGAACAUGAGUCUCCUAUUGUGUAGUUUUUUUGUAUCUUGGGAAGCAUGUUGUAUCCCAGUCAGUGCGUGUGUUGUUAAUAGGAUUUUGUAUUUCCUUUAGUUUUACUUGACACUUUCAGACUCUUAACUCUUAGUUUAAUUAACCUUCUUAUAUACUCAUGAGCACUCAAAAUUAUUGAACUGAGAAACUGAAUGAGAGUAAAUGUUGAGAGAAAAUCUUUUUGUCAUAAAAUUGUGGGUUUUGUAAUUUCCCCAUUCAUUCGACACUGUAAGGCUUGUUCCACCCUGUGCCUCAACAUGUUCCAAAAUUACAGAUCAUAAUUAAGUGAUACAGUAUGACGUACUUUGAUCUAGAUAUUUUAUUUGUCCAAUUAUCUGUUUUCUUUGUUUUUCUGGGGGAAGCUGAGUUAGGGUAAUGAGUGUUCAAUGUUGCAAUGAACUCUGUACCAGGAAAGCGGCAAUUUAUUUUGUAACAUGGAGCUUAAUAAUGUAUUUCUGAUGUCUUUUACGGUUUAUUAUGUCUGUAUAUAUGAUAUAUAUGCUGUUUUAUAUAUAUAUAUAUAUAUAUAUAUAUAUAUAUAUAUAUAUAUAUAUAUAUAUAUAUUUUUUUUUUUUUUUUUUUUUUUUAGCUGUUUUGAAAAUGACUUUACUUGGUAAUGGCUUGGGUGUUUACCCUGUUGUACAUAAAUCAUAAACAGCCAAAACCUGACAUUAAAAGUUUUUCCUCACCAAGUUGGACUGUGUCCUUUUCUGGCACCCUUUUCCCCAUUGGAACAGCUGUAUUUUAGUCUGUGACAUUGUGAGUGUUCUGACUUUUGCCCACAUGCCUCUUGAUCUUUAUGCAUUUAGCCGUUUAAAAAAGAUGACUCCAUCUUCAUUCUGCUUGCUGGUAUUGCAAUAAUGACGCAAGUUAAGGAUUUUUCAAGGUGAUGUCUGUUUUUUUUUUUUUUUUUUUUUUUUUGCCUU